AAAAAUGAUGAUGGCGACACAGCUGUGGUUGUUGAGAAGGACCAUUUCAUGGAUGACUUCUUCCAUCAGGUUGAAGAGAUUAGAGGCAGCAUCGCUAAAAUUGCUCAGUAUGUCGAAGACGUAAAGAAAAACCACAGCAUUAUUCUUUCUGCACCAAACCCAGACGGAAAAAUAAAAGAGGAGCUUGAAGACCUAAACAAAGAAAUCAAGAAAACUGCAAAUAAAAUUCGAGUCAAGUUGAAGUCUAUUGAGCAGAGUUUCGAUCAGGAUGAGAGUGGCAACCGGACGUCUGUGGAUCUUCGGAUACGACGGACCCAGCAUUCAGUGCUGUCUCGGAAGUUUGUGGACGUCAUGACGGAGUAUAACGAGGCUCAGACUCUGUUUCGGGAGCGGAGCAAGGGGCGCAUCCAGCGUCAGCUGGAGAUAACUGGCAAGACCACCACCAAUGAGGAGCUGGAAGAGAUGCUGGAGAGUGGGAACCCCUCCAUCUUCACCUCUGAUAUUAUAUCAGAUUCACAAAUCACAAGGCAAGCUCUCAAUGAAAUUGAGUCUCGUCACAAAGACAUCAUAAAACUAGAGACCAGUAUUCGGGAGCUGCACGAGAUGUUUAUGGACAUGGCUAUGUUUGUUGAGACUCAGGGUGAAAUGAUCAACAACAUAGAAAAAAAUGUUAUGAAUGCCACAGACUACGUAGAACAUGCUAAAGAAGAAACUAAAAAAGCUAUUAAAUAUCAGAGCAAAGCACGAAGGAAAAUGAUGUUCAUUAUUAUUUGUGUAAUUAUUUUGCUUGUGAUCCUUGGAAUUAUCCUAGCAACAACGUUGUCAUAG